GCUUCACAUUUGUCGUCUCUUUGUUUCAGCUUGUAUCCUUAUUAUUUAAUUAGUGCACUGAAGAAUAGAAGAAGAAGUGUAUGCCAGGCUAUGUAAAUCUUGCCAUAUAAAUUUUCCAAAAUACAUGCUGCUUCCAAAUAUCUUUAGCAGCUUAAAAUAAAAAAGAUCAAAACUGAAACAAACAAAAAAAACAAAAAACAAAACAUGUGUACAGUGUAACAAAGACAAUGGUGACUAUACACCAUCUUGAUGCUUCUACUGCUGCUAUUUCUUUUUGUUCAAUAUAUCAGUGACUUAAAAUUUAUAAGAGUAUUUAUAUCUGUUUCAUAAUGAACUGAAAAUAUGGUUAUAAUUUCACCUGUGAUCCAAAACUGAAAACAAAAAAUGAAAAUAAGAGAUAAAAAACAAAUACAGAAGUGCUAUUUGAAUAUUUUCAAUGAAGUUAUCUAGGCUCUGUGUCUCAUGUUUUUGACAUUUGGCUUGUGACUUUUAUUUGACUGAAGCAAUUUCUUCAGUGUUUUAGUUUCUUCAGUCAAGAACUAGCCAGCUACAUACCUUUCUUGUCUAAUACUUGGCACCAGAUCUGUUAUUACUUUUCCAUCAGCCGUGGGAGUCCUCGGAGUUGUGGAAAUCAAAUGUCUGCUAGUUACAUACAUGAAUUUUCUAAUCCUAGUGAUUGUAAUGCAGAUGGCAAUAUUGCUGCUGAUAAUUAUGAAAAAAGAAGAGAUGGAAUUCUAUGGAAGAUACAAUGCCACACAGUGGGAUAGGAAGAAAGCAAAGAAAAAUAAUACUCGGUUCCCAUGUUCAUGCACAAAAUACAAUCUGAAGAAAUGGUUUUGUGAUGUCCCAAGGGAUUCAACAUACAGUAUGAUUUUUUUGAUCACACACCAGCUAUUUAGAAAAUUCAGGAAGAAUAAUAUUUGGCCAAAUGAAUCAUGA